GAGCAAUAUCAAAACGUUCAAUAAUAACAAUAGAGCAUGUGAAAAGUUAUUAUCGCUUUUCAUACUUUUAAAUAGUUUUAUUCAGUGAACGUGAAAAGUAAUAACUCGUAUUUGUAUUAAAGAUGUCUUUAAAUCCAUUAAACGAGCUAAAACGUCGGCUAGACGAUGACAAAACUCCUUUGCCAAAAAGAUUGUGUUUGGCUAAAAAUGUGGUGCAAUCCCACCACUUCCCGACUGGACCUAAAGAAAGAAUUGUGGCUGAAUGGCUUUGUGCCUUGACCUCUAGAAAUAGGCUGAGCAGUGAAGAGCUGAAGAGUGUUCUUGAUUGGUUGUCUGUGGCUGAUGAUUUGACAAGUGAAUUGAAAAGUAAACUGAUCCAGAUCGUAGCAGAAUUCACACAAAGGAAUCCAUUACAAACAGUAGAAAUACGAUACAUAUCAACAUUCCUAGAGAACCCUAAAAUAUUACCACAGUUGAGCUUACAGACGGACGAAUACCUUACGAUAACAAUCACACUACUACAACAUUUAAAAAAUGACAAUAAUACACAAAUCAGCCAGAAAAUUCUAAACAAUUUUAUAAAAUAUUACCGAGAAUCUAAAAAGAAAUUAGAUUUUAUCAUAAAGUUCUUAAAUGGAGAAAACUUAGAAACAAUAUUCAGUUUUCUCGACACAGAUUGCCGUAAAACUGCUAUAGAUGUAUGUCAAAAUAUUCUGUUUCCGAUCAAUAAGAAGACUUUCUUUAUCAGUUUCCUACAAACUUUAAUAAGGAAGGAUAAUUUAGAAGAACUGAUUGCGGAGAAAGGAGACAAUAUACAAUCAGUCAUCAAAAUAAUGAACACAUUCUUUGAAUUCCCAAGAAAUCGGUCCGAUAAUGAUACAUUGUUCUUACACAAUUUUAUUGAUGUCUUUGUCAGUUCUUUCCAAAAAGAAAAUCAGAUUAUCUUUGCCUUUUACAUUAUGGUCACUAACGUUUUAAAUAUGGAACAGAGUUUUAUCGUGCCAGCUAUGAAUUUACCACCAAUUUUAGAAGAUGAUGCAAAAACUAAACGAUUGCUAUUUUUAAAUAUGCUGGAGGUUUUAUUACGUAAUGAAAUCGAUAUAAAUGUCCGCCUAACUGAUACGUUUGGCGAGAAAAUAUCAAAGGUUGAGAUCAAAAAGAAUUUCACUUAUUUUCUUCAAACUGUGAUGAUGGGGCAGCUGAAAUUGGAAGGGAAACUAGACAAAACUACAUUGCAAAUAAUUAAAACUGCUUUAAAACUUGAUCCUGUGUUAAUCGAACAAAAAAUUGAUACAAUUUUACCACCAAUAAUGACUGCAAAGAAGAAUAGCUCUAGUUUAUCAGAAUCUUACACAGAAACAAUAAAUUGUUUAUUAGAAAUCCUCUUCAAAUUAAGUAGAGGAACAACAUUUUUAACUCAAAUCCUACCAUCGGUAAAGAAUAUUUUGGAAGCUGGCAACACUGAGCAGUUUGAAUUGAAACAAAAGGUUUUGGAAGCAAAACAAGAUGGCGUUGAUUGUGAGAAAAUAGAGGGAAAAAUAAUUACUGGUUCCGAUUUGUUUCCACGAGAAUGUGUGACUUUGUAUGGGAAGUUGACUUCAGAAUUGAUGUUCAGACAGAAUAAGGAACUUUUGGAGUCAUUGCAGAAAGACUUUGAAGUACAUUGCUUGAUGAUGCUUGAAGAAGGGUUUGUCAGUCCUUCAAUAAUAACGCUAACGGAAGUACUGUCCGCCAUUUUGUCGUCCUUCCUCCAACAGAACAAGAUGGCGGACCACACAGUCCCGCUGAACAUAGCUGAAGGAUUCUGGAAUAUUUACUCUAAGUUCGAAACCGAUUGCCUAGCUAAGUUCGGAGUAUGUGUAUUGAAACUUAGUUAUAAUCCACCUCUUGUAAUAUCAUUCCUGAAGUUAUGUCAAAGUUUCGCUCAACUAAAGUUGUUGAACAUAAAGUAUAGUAACGUGAAACUGGACAUAUCUCCUGGUAGUGAUACAUCGGAGGUUUUUGAUCUUAGUAUGUUAUUACCGUGCUUGAAUAGCCAGCAAUGGAUUACACUCGCUGAGAAGAUUCAGGAUGAUGAAGCUGUCGUUUUUUUGAACAAUCUACUUUUAGCCAAAACAUUGGCCCUCCAACUAUUGUCAGUAAGCAACCAACAAGAAUACCCAACAAUUACUGCAACAAAGACACAUUUGAUCAAACAAAUUGCCACCAACCCAACACUGCUACAAGACACAUAUUUCUGCAAAGCAUUAUUCACUGGCUUAGAAAAAUCACACAUAAAGACAUUGACCAAAUGUUUGAUCAAACUUUGCUUGGACGACUCUGAGUUAGAUGUACUAAGAAUUGAUGCAGUGGCAAACAAUAGAGAAUUGCUAAACAUGUUGGUAUUGGAAACAGCUAAAAAUAUAGCUAGAACCUUUGAAAACGGUGAAUCCUUCAGCAAAGUGUUAGGCAAAACUGAUUUCAAUAUAAUUUCAUAUGGAAAGGAAGUAUCCUUAGUGGAAUACUUCAAUGACAUAACUAUAAAUCCUGAAUCACAAGAUAUAUUGAAAAACUCUGUAAAUAUCUUCAAACAAUUACCAAUCCAUUACUUGGAAGAAAACUACCAAUUAGUAGCAAUUUUUGUUAUGCUGGCAAUAAAGAAAUGUUCAACUGUCAAAAAACUGAAACGUAGUAUAGAUUAUGUACUACAAAGCAUAUACGAAUUGAGUUUACAGAGACCGGACUUAUACCAAUUAUUCCCAGCCGAUAACAUAUUUAAUUUCAAGGAUAAUUCUCUAUUAGAAUUACUGACAUUAAGAAUUAAAACGCCUAACACUUUGCUUAUAAUCAAAAGCUUGUUAGAAUUAGCUGUGAAAAAGGUUCGAGUAGACAGUGAUCAAGUGAAAAAUAUAGUUGAAAAGUUAUUAAAGAAGAAUAAGAAGUCUAUUUCUGAUAUAGAAUCUUUCAACGAUCCUGUGUUCCAAAUCACUUGUCUGAUACUCCCAUCAAUAGUAAAGCAAAAGAAAGCUAUAACCGCAAGUGCAUUCCGAUCAAUACUAGCCGAUCUUCAAGAAAAGCUACACAAAUCUCUACUAGAAUCGUUUAAAAACAUUGAUUUUGGCAAUAGUAGUUUUUCAUUUAACAAUACUGGUAGCACUGAAGAUAGUGUUGUGCAAUCGGAGAGUAGUGUGGCAACAUUGAAUGCUAUGGUUGCUUAUUCGUUGACUCUUUCAAGGUAUUCCGAAAAUCCGGAUGGGGAGGAUGCCAAAAAUUUGGACUGUUUAUUAACUGCUUUGGAGUUCUUCGUACAAAACGCUAUAAAAACAACAGAAAAUCCAGACUCGAAGCCUCAACACAUAGACUCAUCAAUCCAGCUUCUAAACGUUGUUCUACGGCGCAUGAAGAAACUAGAAACUCACUCAAUAUUCCAAGAAAAAGACAAAUUAUUCCUUCAAAUAUGGCGUUGUAUAAAAACUCGCUUAAUUUUAGAGCAAGAUAAGAAAACAAUAAGUGGUAAUAGUUAUGAAGAAGUCGGUACAACAUUGAAAUUACUGUGUGAAUUAUCUUCAGUGGAUUGUUAUUUGACCAAUUUCGUCAGUGAUCUCAAUAAUUUGGUUGUUUUGAAGAAACCGUCUCAACAAAAAGACAACAGCGCAGAGAUCAAAUCUCGCAAAGUUUUCAAAUUCCUAUGGUCACAAUGUCUCAAAGCGAACAUCGUUGGCCCCAAAUGUGUUGCCAUGUCAAAAUUAAUGCACCGCACUUGUAAGAAUUUGAGGAAUUGGAUGAGGCAACACUAUGACUACGAAGACAGUGUUGCCAGAGUAAAUGAAGAUAUUUCUACCGAAGAUUUAAUUGUGAAAGUUAUUAAAGUAGAUGAUGAUGUUUGUGAAAUUGUAAGAUUGGACAUAGAUGCGUUGUCGGAACUACUUUUGGCGGCUAAGAAGAUAUCCUUAGACUACAGUUUCGUGGACGUCACAUUCGAAGUACAGCACUUAAUACAUUAUGUACUAAGUAAUAAAUAUAAUUUGAAGUUCGAUAUAUCCUGGGAGGCAUUCUUCAUGUUAUUUGAGGGGUGCGUCACGGUACUAAAUAAUAUGUUGCUGGCUAGAGAAGAGGUUUUAGAGGACAGAUGGCCAUGCUACAUGCAAUGCUACAGAGCGCUUAUUAUAUCGCUCUGUGAACGAGCGACGUCACACGCCCAGCUAGAGAGGAGGAUCGAAGAAAAACUCGCUGAAAUGGCGCAUUCUAUUGAGAAAAUUACCCAAUCAAUAAGCAAGCGUAAGAAGCACGUCUCAAGAAUAGCAGCCUACACGGUAGCAGAUCUUUGCACCUCCCUAGAAAGGAAUGCGCCAACUAAAAUGGUGCGACAACAUCUAGAAAAUUCCGUAGCCCUACUCAUUCAGGCGUGUGAUAGUACCUACGCUAUGUCCUUCUUGAAACGAGGUCUUGUUGGCUAUGUCGGACAAAUGACAAUGACCAAUUUGUACACUAUGUAUAAGAGGUACCAUAAGUAUAUGGGGAAUUCUUAAAAUUAUAUUACAUUAUUGUUAUAAAAAUAAAUAGUCUAUAUUUCUAUAUGAACUGUCUGAGAAUGUAAUAGGAAUUGAAAAUGGUUUGUGAACUAUAAUGAAACCUUGAUAAUUUGUUUAAAAAAAACACCAUGAACUGUCUAAGAAUGUAAUAAUAAUUAAAAAUAUUGUGGCCCCAGUCAUGAUAAUUAUUCGCUAAUAAGCAUGAAUACACAAUAUCUGUGUCUUAUUAGAAUAGGGCCUACAUUGAAAAAAAAAAACUAAAAUCAUCUGAUUGAAAAAUGAACCAAUGAUAUUGUCUUGCUGUAUUUUUUUUAUGUUUUACCAGUGGUAAUCCUGUACAUUUUUAUUAUUGUUAAAAUGUUCAUCAAGUUUUUUUUAAUGCUACGACGGUGGCAAACAAGCACACGACCCACCUGAUGGUAAGUGGUUACCGUGGCCUAUGUACACCUGCAACACUUAGGGCAUUACAUGCGUCUUGCCGACC